AUGGGAAAAUAUGAUAUUUAUUUGAUUGAAUUGCCUAACGGCGGCAAAAAAUGUAAGAUAUGUCGAGAUCAAACUUUUAAACAACAGAAGGAUUCUUCUACCAACGUAUAUAGAUAUCAUUUUCUGACUCACCACCCGGAUGAAUAUGAAAAGGUAAUUUUAGCAAUAUAUAUGAUUUUAUUCAAAGUUUGAUAUUUCAGAUUAAUGGAAAACAAACAUCAGAACCCGCUGAUCAGAAUCCGGCAAAAAAAGCAAAAAUUGGCGAUGAAACAAUUAUUCAAUGUUGGAACGAAUUUUCCGAAAACGGAUUGAAAACAAUACAAAUUGAUCGAGCCAUUAUGCAAUUCAUUUCGGGAUGUAAUUUACCCAUAAACAUCGUCGAAAAUCCGUCAUUCAAGAACAUGAUUUCAGUAUUUUCUCGUCGAUUCAAUUUGAAAAGUCGGACCCAUUUCACCAGAAAUGAAUUGCCAAAAUUAUACGAAGAGUAUAAAUGUAAAUUGAUUCGAGAGUUAUCCAAUGUGGAUAACAUGUGUAUAAGUUUUGAUGGAUGGUCAGACACUGGAAAUAAGCACGAAUAUUUGGCAGUUGUUGCUCAUUUUACAAAAAAUGAUGAGAACACUUAUCGUAUCAUUGGAGCUAUUGAUGUUAGCAAAAAACGGCAUACAUCGAACUACCUCAAAACUUCAAUGGAAGAUGUCUUGAAAGAAUUCCAAAUCACCGAUAAAGUUGUUGUUUUGAUAAGAGAUGGUGCCGCGAAUGCAAUAAAAGCAGCCGAAUUAAUGGAUGUUCCACAUUACGAUUGUUUGGCGCAUAAAAUCAAUUUGGCUGUGAAAGAUGGACUAGAUGUUUUCUCGGAAUUAUCAAAUAUUGUUGGAAAGUUGAGAACAAUCUGCACUUUGCUCAAUAAAUCAUCAGUGGCGCGAAAAGAAUAUGUCAAUUUGUCGGAAUUAAUGGACAUCCCUGUCUUAUUUUUGAAGAAGCAUAUAGAAGUGAGAAUAGUUUUUGUGAAUUUCCAGUAAUUUUUUCAACUUUUAUAGGUGCGCUGGAAUAGUGUAUAUGCAGUUUGUGAGAGAGCGCUCAAAGUCAAAACUCAAUUGGCAUUGAUUCUUGUGAAUCAUCCGAAGUGGCCCCAAAUGACAGACGGUGACUGGGAAACGGUGGUUUGUGGAACUGAACUUCUCAAACCAUUAGUUGAUGCGACAAUGUUGGUUCAGCAUCGUCAAACGAAUGCAAGCGCGAUAAUUCCAUUGUGCUCGGUGAUCAUAUCAGAAUUGGAAAGUUCUAAAAAAUACAAAACAGCCACAAAGGCCAUGUCGGAACGUAUGAAAGAGGAGCUGGAAAAAUAUGAGAAAUUGGAGUACUUGAACUUUUCCACACUUUUAGAUCCCAGAUUUAAGGUAACAGUGUUUCUGAUUUUCUAUAUUUCUAUAUUUUUUGCAGAAUCUAUUUGUGAAUAAAGAUUGGGAAGAAAAAAUGUUGGCAGAACUUAUCAAAAUUUCUCCGCAAGAUCAACAAAAUUGUGAAGAUGAUGAUGGACCAAUUGAAGAAAUUAAUGUUACUGCUGAAAACAUAUUUUCUAAAUAUAUGAAGGUAUGUUAAAUAAGCUAUUGGAGAUCAAUUUUUUCAAUCUUUACAGUCCAAUCAAAAGAUAGCGAAAAGAAAGCAAGAAGGUUCGCAAACUGUUGUUCAAACCGAGUUUAAAAAAUGGUUAGACGAAGCGGUCGAUAUCAACCUUUCACCAACAAAUUUUUGGGCGCAAGAAAACAACAUAAAAUCGUUCCCACACCUCCAUCAACUCAGUCAGAAGUAUUUAUGCUCUCCCGCUUCGACGGCUGAAUCAGAACGCUUAUUUUCCACAGCUAGACUCAUACUUUCUGAUAAUCGAAAAAAUCUUGGACCUGCAAACUUCUCAAAACACAUAUUUUUGAGCAAAAACAUGCCAUUAAUGGGGUUUGCGAAUUGA